ACGAGAUUGAAGCAGAUUGUUCAAAUAACAAACCGAAUGAAAGAGACCCAUAUUGAAUGAGAAUGAAUUAACAGAGCCAAAUAGAAUGAAUUGAUGAGAAAAUGCAUAGAAGUGGAGCGAGGAGAUGGUCAGAUAUUACUCCAACAUGAAGAGAGUGUACAAGCUACACGCCACGCUAAUCAAACAGGGACAACACCAGAACCCUCUCUCCCUGCGUGCCUUCAUUCUCCGCUGUACCAACUCAUCAUCACCCCCCGACACCGCCCGUUACGCCGCCUCCGUGCUCCUCCGUUUCCCGAUCUCCGGCGACACCUUCCUCUACAACGCCAUCAUCCGCCACGUGGCAGUUCACGCUCCCUCCCUCGCCCUCGCCCUCUUCUCCCACAUGCACCGCACCAAUAUCCCCUUGGAUCACUUCACCUUCCCCUUCAUUCUCAAAACCUCCAAACUAAACCCCCACCACAUCCACUCCAUCGUUCUCAAGCUCGGUUUCAACUCCUCCAUCUACGUCCAAAACGCCCUUAUAAACUCCUACGGAACCUCCUCUGCCUCCCUCCACCUCACCCUUAAACUGUUCGACGAAAUCUCCCACCCAGACUUGGUUUCUUGGUCCUCUUUAAUCUCAUCUUUCGCCAAACAAGGGUUCCCCGAUGAAGCCCUUACGCUUUUCCAACAAAUGCAGCUCUGCCAGAGUGAUAUCCUACCCGAUGGGGUCAUCAUGCUUAGUCUGCUAUCCGCUGUUUCCAGCUUGGGUGCCUUGGAAUUAGGUAUCUGGGUUCACGCUUUUAUUUCCAGAACUGGGCUCAGCCUUACUGUUCCAUUAGGUACUGCACUUAUUGACAUGUAUUCUCGAUGCGGGGACAUUGAUCGUUCUGUUAAGGUGUUUGAUGAAAUGCCUCACAGGAAUGUUGUAACGUGGACCGCGCUGAUUAACGGGCUUGCUGUUCAUGGACGUGGUAGGGAGGCUUUAGAGGCCUUUUAUGAUAUGGUGGAGUCUGGUUUGAAGCCUGAUCGUGUUGCUUUUAUGGGUGCAUUGGUGGCUUGUAGUCAUGGUGGGCUUGUGGAGGAGGGGCGGAGGGUUUUUGAGGGCAUGUGGAGUAGGUAUGGGGUUGCACCGGGGCUUGAGCAUUAUGGUUGUAUGGUUGAUCUUCUUGGCCGCGCAGGCAUGAUGGUUGAAGCUUUUGAGUUUGUGGAGGGGAUGCUUGUUAAGCCAAAUUCGGUUAUUUGGAGGACCUUGCUUGGGGCAUGUGUGAAUCACAAUCAUCUUGGGCUGGCUGAGAAGGCCAGAGCGAGGAUCAAGGAGUUGGACCCUUAUCAUGAUGGUGAUUAUGUGCUUUUGUCAAACGCUUAUGGUGGAGUUGGUAAAUGGGUUGAGAAGGAGGGGGUGAGGAAUUCUAUGAAGGAGGGUAGGAUUGUGAAGGAGCCUGGCCAUAGUUUGGUUCACGUUGAUCAAGUGGUUCAUGAGUUUUUGUCUGGAGAUAAUUCUCACCCGAAGUGGGAGGAGAUUACAAGAUUUUUAGGUUCGAUUAUUGACACAGUAAAACUUGGAGGGUACACCCCUAUUACGUCUAAUGUGCUGCAUGACAUUCAAGAGGAAGAGAAAGAGCAUUGUCUGGGCUAUCACAGUGAGAAAUUAGCAGUGGCUUUUGUUCUUCUUUAUCAUAGGGAUAGAAAGACCAUUAGGGUCAUUAAGAAUCUUAGGAUUUGUUAUGACUGUCAUAGUUUCAUGAAGCACGUUUCAAGUUUCUUUGAUAGAUAUAUUGUCAUAAGGGAUCGAAGUCGAUUCCACCAUUUUAGCAAGGGAUCAUGCUCUUGCAGAGAUUUUUGGUAAGUUAAUCAUGUUCAAAUGUCAAAAUUCAAGCUUUACUAGCUUUUACGGUUAUAUAUGAUUCCAUAAAUUGCAAGGCUA